GGCUGACUGACGUUCUUGAUUCAUCAUCCAACAACCUCAUGGGCAGCAUGGAUAUAUAUAUAUAAGCUGGGGCACACCUGACAGCAAUAAAGACUUCAGACGUCCACCAACUGACCUCAGCCUGUUACCAAAGUUCAGGUGCCUUGAGCGACACCACAGCAUGCUGCCCGCGAGAGCGGCUGAUGUUCGGCGCUGCGUCCUGACAAGCCGCUGGCUGCCCGCAGCUCUGGCGCUGCUCCUCCUCCUCUCCUCCAGCUUCAGCCGCGCUCACAGCACCACAGUGGAGCACGAUUUCCACAUUGUUCAUAAUGUAGACAACAGAAGUCCAGAGAUAGACCCAUUCUGGUAUGUGGGGCGUGGGGUGAGACCUAUUGGGCGCUUCGGGAAGAGGCACAGCAGUCUGGAGGCUUUGGGCAGCGAUGGGAUGCCUGUCGUCAGGACUUUGGAGCUGCUGCUCAGCAGCCUCAGAAACAAGGAGGACCUUGGGAAAGUGCUUGAUGGGGAGGAUGGUGAUUGGUUACCAUGAUAUGGUCUCCU